CCAUGGCGUCGCGGGCGGCGCACCGUAGCAGUAGCCUCUGCGCGCUGUGCUAUAUUGCGCCGCUGCUCACGUUAGCGACCGCGGCGAACUUUACCGACCUCUUCGAGCCGUACUGGGCCGCGGAUCACGUCGCGGUGCUCGACGGGGACGGCCCAGUUGUCGAGCUCAAGCUCGACAACACUUCGGGGUGCGGUUUUGGGUCCAAAAAUAAGUACCUGUUUGGCCAAGCUAGUAUGCAGAUCAAGCUCAUCGAAGGCGACUCCGCCGGAACUGUCACGGCAUUUUAUAUGUCGUCAGACGGACCGAACCACGACGAGGUUGACUUUGAGUUCCUGGGCAACGUCUCCGGCGAGCCCUACCUCGUCCAGACCAACGUCUACGCCGACGGCACCGGAAACCGCGAGCAGCGCCACUCCCUGUGGUUCGACCCCACGGCCGACUUCCACACUUAUUCCAUCCUAUGGAACCGUUACCAUGUCAGGUUCCUGGUGGAUGGGAUCCCCAUCAGGAUGUUCCCAAACAAGGAGCUGCAGGGGAUCCCGUUCCCCAAAUCCCAGCCAAUGGGCGUGUAUGCGUCGGUGUGGAACGCCAACGACUGGGCCACGCAGGGCGGGCGGGUCAAGACCAACUGGUCCCACGGCCCCUUCGUCUCCGCCUUCCGCGCCCUCGACAUCGACGCCGGCUCGCCGGAGCCGGGGCCGGGGGAGGAGGCCGCGCACUGGUGGGACGCGCCCGAGAUGAGCGGGCUCAGCCCCCACCAGCGGCGCCAGCUCAAGUGGGUCCGAGCCAAGCACCUGGUGUACGACUACUGCAGGGACUCGGCCCGGUUCGUGCAACUCCCCGGAGAGUGCCUGGGGUGACUGAUUUUCGUUCGAGUGCAUGUGAAUGAUCAGAUUUGUUGUGUUCUCAUCAUCUGAUGAGAAUGAUUAUUAAACAUUAAUAAAAGUGAUGUACCAAAUCAGUUUAAACA